AUGGCACGUAAUGUAUCAUACAUGCUUAAUUUGUAUCAUACAAGGGGGGAACAUGCUAGUACUUCUCGAAACCGUGAUGAAGAGGAGACACCUUUAUUUGCACAAGAUGACUACCGGGAAGAGUCAGAUUCUGACUACAUAGCUCCAAGUGAAAGCGAAGAAGACUGUGAUGUCUCCGGAGAGAGUGAUUUUGAAGAAAGUGAUGAUGAAAGAACAUUUAAUGUGGAAAGUGAGGAUGGUGAACUACCAUGUGACUGGAAGAUGCGUGUGUCAUUGAAAGCUCACGGCCUUCAUGAAAUUAUGAGAUGGCAUGAUGCACAUAAUUGCAUGACUCCCCUGAAUGAUAAUGACAAUCGGUGUGUGGACGCGUCUUUGAUUGCUAGACUCAUCAAGAGAAAGGUUGAGGACAACGUAGAUUAUACGGUAGCCCCGGCACAGAAAGAUGUGAAGACCUUAUUGAAAGUAGAUGUGCCAUACAAAAGGGCGUGGCACGGGAGGAGGAAAGCCAUAGAAGCGGUCUAUGGUGAUUGGACCUCGAAUUUCGAAGAACUUCCACGGUAUAUCGCUGCGCUUAAGUUUACUAAUCCUGAGACUGUAGUAGAGUGGGAAUGGAAGGAGGGACAAGAAGUACAUCGUCAUUGGAAUAGGAGAGAAGAGUACGUGCUACGAGAUUUGGAGGAAGGAGAUCCUGGUUCCGUAUAUGAGGGGUACUAUGAAUGGUUCAUAGUGAACACUAUAGGACUGAUAUCCAAUCCCGGUAAUUAUGAACCUCAAGGAUACGAGACUUCUUCGAGCCGCGUGAAAUUAUAUGGUGAAGUAUUGAACAACAUUCGCGUGAGUACCGAGAGGUUUAGAGAAAAACGAGAAGAUGAUAAUCUCCUAGACGAAGAACUUGACAAGUAUUUGGACGAUAUCAUCAAUCAAACACAUGCUGCUUUAACCUUGGGCGCAAAUGAUGAGAUGGAGGUGUAG